GACUGGAUGACUACUCGCGUAGCCCUCGCUAUGAGCCUGACGGGGGUAGAGGCAACUCUCGAGGCCGGUGGGAGCCGGACCAGGGCCAGCGAGACGGAUACAGGGAUGGCAGAUAUGCGAGAUCGGGCCGAGAUGGACAUAGGGACGACAGAUAUGAGAGAUCGGACCGAGAUGGACAUAGAGACGACAGAUAUGAGAGGACGGAUCGAGACGGAUACAGGGGCGACAGAUAUGAGAGAGGGGAUCGACCCGAUGAUUCACGCGAGUGGUACGACCGAAGAGACCGACGUGAUGAUUCACGCGGGCGGUACCACCGAGGAGACCGACGUGAUGAUUCACGCGGGCGAUACGAUCGAGGAGACCGACGUGAUGAUCCACGCGGGCGAUACGAACACGGAGAUCGCCACAAUGAUUCGCGCGGCAGGAAUUAGAGAGGGGGAUAUGACGCUUCUGCAGGACCGUAUCCGAAACGACAGGCCACUCACUCCUGGGAACUCUUGCGUCUACUGUAGAGGAGAUGAUCAUAUCAAGAGAGAUUGUCCGGACCUCCAACGGGCAAUAGAUGAGGGACUUGUCGUGCUUGACGACCGCAAGUACGUCAAGUGGGCAGAUGAUCUGGGAGAUGUAUCGAUGUUCCCUUCGAUGAAGGAGAACGUCGAAGCAAGGAGAGUAAAGCCGAGUAGAGGAAAUUGGUCGGUCAAGAGCCAGAGCAUCAAGAUAACUUUUGAGGGGGAUAUGGCGACCACACCCAUAAGGGUGGCAGCCACCAAGUCGGCGAGAGGGUCUACAUCGAAAAACACUGACACGGAUUACGUGAUGGUGGAGAAGGACAGACAACGGAUCGAUGGAGAGGAGGUUAUUCUUUCGUCGCAGAAGCGGGGAGUGAAGAAGUUCUUGAUGAAGAGUUCGCUGGACGAGAUUGACACGGUCGAGCCACUGAGACGGGCUCUUCGGCAGCCCAUGCAGUGCUCUAUUCUGGAGUACCUGGCGCCAUCGAAGCCGGCUCGCGAUGAGUUACAGAUGAUCACGCGAAAGACUCGCAUACCUCUAUCAGAGGAGGCUCAGGGGGCUCCUAAGGCGGAAGUUCCUACAGUGGCAGUAACUGGGGUGACUGCCAGAGCAGAUCGCAUGGCGACAGUCCUUCUUGAUGGGAUGGAAGGUGUGCCUCCAGACAAGUUUUACACACUUGGUAGUGGGGCCGUGGAGACGAUGAUAAAUGACGGAGCUGGACUAGAUGUUGUGAUCGAUAACGGCAGUGAGGAUGUCAUUAUAGACGAGGAUCUGGCAGUGCAGGUUGGACUGGGACUCGAUAGGUCAUACCUAUUCGAGAUAGAGACGGCUGAUGGGAGAAAGCAACAGAUCACUGGGGUUUGUCACAAGGCAGCCAUAGAGGUCCAAGGGGUACGAGUGACCCUUCCUGUCUUUGCAGUCAAGAAUUGCAGCUCCGAUCUGCUCUUGGGACGAACGUGGUUGAGCCAUGUGCAUGCGGUGACGAUAGAGAGACCGAACGGGAGCCAGACAUUAUCCAUUAAGAAGCUAGAUGGGACGCGGUGUAAGAAAACCCGGGGAGGGGUCCCCUACCGUUCGCUGAAGCCAAGGGCUACAACGCCUGUCACUCGCUGCGCCCGCUUCCGAGGUCCUCAGCGACUAGCAGGGUGUCGGGGUUUGCGAUGCUUGUCACGCCCCCACUUUAGCAUGAGUGUCUGAACUGACUUUCUGAAUAACCAAAAUAAAUAAUAAAAUAAAUAAAAUGAAUUGAUAUGUUCCGG